GCCGCCGGGAGGGCGACGUGGAGCGGCCACGUGGAGCGGCCCGGGGGAGGGCCGGGCGGCGGCGGCGGCCAGCCGGGGCGCGGGCGGCGCGCAGCCGGGAGCGACGACGGACAGACGGCGCCGGAGCCCGGCCGCUCGCCGCACCGCCGCAGUUGCAGUUACAGGGAGGAUGUUGCCUCUGGCCGUGAGAACGUUAGUGUUUCUGCUGUUGCCCCUGGGUCAGGCUGCUCCCAAGGAUGGGCCCACAAGGCUGGACCCUGACGUGCGGCAGCAGCCCCUGCGCAACCCCUUCCAGCCAGGCCAGGAGCAGCUUCGACUUCUGCAGAACUACCUAAAGGGACUAGAGAGGAUGGAAGAAGAGCCGGAGCACAUGAGCCGGGAGCAGGUUCUCCUCUACCUCUUUGCCCUCCAUGACUAUGAUCAGAGUGGACAGCUGGAUGGCUUGGAGCUCUUGUCCAUGUUGACAGCAGCUCUGGCCCCUGGAGCUGCUGACUUUCCCAUCAUCAACCCUGUGAUCCUGGUAGUGGACAAGGUGCUCGAGACCCAGGACCUGAAUGGGGAUGGGCUCAUGACCCCUGCAGAGCUCAUCAACUUCCCCGGAGAGGCCCCAAGGCCCACAGAGCCCCUGGAGCCACAAGAUACUGGCAAACAGCCCGUGUUACCUAGAAGCCCAUUGAGACAAGAAGCACAGGAAGCCCUGGUCCCCAGGGAAGAAGCAGGGGGACAGGUGGAGGCCAGAAGGGAGUCCUUGGAGCCUGCACAGGUGGCUGGGGGACAGGAAGAGGCUGGUGGAGAAGCCCCAGGCCCGGGAUGGGCGGCUGGGGGACAGACAGAACCUGGAGGAGAAGCUCUAGGCCUGGGGUGGGAGGCUGGAGGUCAGGCAGAGGCUGGAGAAGAAGCCCCAGGCCCUGGAGGGGAGGCUUGGGGACAGGCAGAGACCAGGGACAUUGGAGAGGAAGGAGAGUUUCCAGGGGAAGCCAUGGAGUCUCAGAACAUACCAGAUGAGUUUGAGGUUCAUGCUAUACAACUGGAGAACGAUGAGAUGUAAACCUGGAGGAUACAGGUUUGCACCCUAGAAGUCUCAGUGCCAGAACAUAAGCUUGGAGGGUGAGGUGUGUAUGGUGGGGCAAGGACCACCUCACUGUCCCCUCCCGGGCCCAAGAAAGUGACAGGUCUUUCUGUGCAGCUCAGGGAGACCCUAAGUGAAGGGGCAGCUUUAGGGCCUAGACAACUAAUAAAGAAUUGAAUGAA